GCCUGAGCAGGAAGUGAGGUCACCGCUACGGUAGCGGUAGGGCUGAGCGAGUUAGCGCGAGUUAAAGCGACUUUAUCGAUUAAAGUUUACCGAUUGAAGUGGUUUAAUCCAGCACGGAUCGUGAGGUAAAGUGUCGUGUGAACUCCGGAGCGGCGCGGGGUUUUCAGACGCCUUUCUUCGCGACACAGACCGAGAGCGCGGCCCGGAUGGAUUCGGCUGCUGAUUCGUCACGCCCGGCGUGUGCGCAGUGACUCCGGUCUGAAGCGAUCACACUCGGCACCGCGGCGGUCAUGUCCCUGCCCGAGGAAGCGGGGGAUCGCGGGAAGGAGCGCGAGCGGGGAGCCCGGCCCAAAGUGCGCCAGAGCCGCUCCGAGGAGAGACGAGACGGGGCCAGGCCCAAGGGCUCCAGGGGCAAGAAGAAGAGCCAGCCCUCGAACACCCUGAGCUCGGAGCGGCCCGUGAGCGACGGCUUCGAGUACGGAGACCUCCUGAACACCUCCAGCGAGUCCCUGCUGUCCGAGCGCGUGUCCGCCGAGGACGCGGAGAGCAAGGCGUCCGGCGGCGGCAGCAGGACGCUCCGGCAGAAGAUCCAAGACGCCGUCGGCCAGUGCUUCCCCAUCAAGACCCACAGCCAGGUCCUGUCCCCGUCGCCGUCCUCCCGCCGCAAGAUCCACCUCAGCGAGCUGAUGCUGGACAGCUGUCCGUUCCCCGCCGGCUCGGACCUGGCGCAGAAGUGGUACCUCAUCAAACAGCACACGGCUCCCAUCUCCCAAGCUCCGGUCCUGGAGUCGGGAGCGGCGCCGGUCUGCAGCGCCGUCGAGGACGAGGAGGACCGCCUGCGAGAGAGACGGAGGAUCAGCAUCGAGCAGGGAGUCGAGCCGCCGCCCAACGCCCAGAUACACACCUUCGAGGUGACGGCGCAGAUCAACCCGCUCUACAAACUCGGACCCAAGCUGGCUCACGGAAUGAACGAGUUAUCCGGAGACGAGCGGGCCACGCUGCUCCUGCAGAGGUGCCUGGACACGCUGGACGAGGUCGUCGCGUCGGCGUCCGACUUCGACUUGUGCGCGGCGUCCCCGACUCUGCUUCGCCCGGAGAGUCCGAAAGCGCAGGACGGCCUCCAUCAUCGCAUCCACACGCAGAUCGACUACAUCCACUGCCUGGUGCCCGAUCUGCUGCGCAUCACCAACCUGCCGUGCUACUGGGGCGUGAUGGACCGCUACGAGGCCGAGACGCUGCUGGAGGGCAAGCCCGAGGGCACCUUCCUGCUGCGCGACUCGGCCCAAGAGGACUACCUGUUCUCGGUCAGCUUCCGCCGCUACGGCCGCUCCCUGCACGCGCGCAUCGAGCAGUGGAACCACAACUUCAGCUUCGACGUGCACGACCCCAGCGUGUUCCACGCGCCCACCGUCACCGGCCUGCUGGAGCACUACAAGGACCCCAACUCCUGCAUGUUCUUCGAGCCGCUGCUGUCCAGCCCCGUGCACCGCUCGCAGCCCUUCAGCCUGCAGCGCAUCUGCCGCGCCGUCAUCAGCAGCACCACCACGUACGACGGCAUCGGCGCCUUCCCGCUGCCCAGCGCUCUGAAGGAGCACCUGAAGGAGUACCACUACAAGCAGCGCGUGCGCAUCCGCCGGCUGGACACCUGGUGGGAGUGACCGAGAUACAGCCGUUUGCUUACUUCAUAGAAAAUCAUUCAGACACCAGAUACGUAUGUUUCCUCUAGUGGGUGCGAGUGAGGACGGCUGUGAGUCAUAAGCAGUCAUGAGAGCACCUCUGUGUUUAUAAGAACAGAUAACAGUACAGAGUCAAAAUUGUUUAUUAUUUUUUUUUAAUCAUUUGGAUAUUAAAGAUCACGUUCCUUAAAGAUAUCUAUUACCGCAAAAUAUAUCAAAACGUAUUAGUAAUAUUCAUUGCUAAGGACUUCAUUUGAGCAAUUUUAAAGUAGAUUUUAUCAAUAUUUAGAUUUUUUUUUUACUCCCUCAGAUUCCAGAUUCUCAAAUAGUUCUAUCUCAGUCAAAUAUUGUCUGAUCAUAAUAGAAAUCCCAAUGAUAAGAUA